CGAGUAAUUGAGAGCAGAUGUAAAGAGGCUAGAUAAGCGACACGCGGCAGGGUACAGGGGUAUUCGACCUAGAGAUGUGGCAGGGGAAAGACGUGUCCAGAUUGUCCGCCUAGAGCACUGAAAGAUCCUGUGAUAAAGUGACCAUCUCAGCAAACAUCAUGCCUCUGUCCUGAUUCUACUUGACUCACUACCUGGCCACUGUGACAUCAGCACGAUCAUCUCGAGCGUCUUGUAAUCUGUUUUCACAUUCACUUUCCUGCCAUACGUGUAUUGAUGGAAUUUCUCCAAUCCGUAGGUGACACUCAGCACCUCCUUCUCAAUCUUCAGGUGGGAAAGUUCCGGUCCCUUAAGCUGGAGCUGCGCGUGUUACCUGCGAAUGGACGGACAUCCUGGUUUACCUGUGAACAUCAACAUGAGGUGGUUAACUUGUUGCGGGGAGUUAUUGAAGCCAAGCUUGAGGCUCUGAGAGUCCGGGGGAAGACAGCAGAGAAGGCGACUGCACAGCAGGACCCUGAUGUAAUCACAGGUGCCACCCUAAGAGUAGCCUGCUGCUUUAAGAAGAAUGAAGUGAAGCACACUUUCCUCAUUGACACCAGACACCUUGACUACUCUUCUGAUACCAGCAGCAAAGAGGAAGACACUCCCAGUCUGGGCGGAAGCUACCGCAGUUUCGGGUUAGAACAGGUUCGACUGGUGGCCUGUGUGUGUCAGUACAGCAGCGAGCACCCACAGGCACUGCCCAUGGAUCAGGUACAAUUGUUCCAAGGUUUGAGCCAGCUUCCCAAGACAGAAACAACAGACAUCAGCAACUAUUUCAGCCGAGCCCCCGAGGAAACAACAACUUCCAUGUCUGAUGGUUCUGAAGUCCCUGCUGCUGUGGAGAAGAGUAGGAUCAAUCUCCACAAAAUGAUGAAACGAGGCAAAUUACAAAAGAAAAUCUCCAAGAGGAAGGCUCACCAAACCCAUAAGGACACUGCAUCGUCAAGCCACAUCUCGGAGUCAGAUUCAGUGGACCAAAAUGUUCCUGAUACAACAAGGGAUCAUGUAGAAGCUCAGAUUGAAGGUGAAGCAUGCCAUGAUGAGGUAGAUAAGAAACCUGUUGAUGACAUAGUAAAGGAGAAGAAAGUGUCUGAUUGUCCAGAGGACAUUCCAUCUGUUGCUGUUCCUGCUAACAUACAAAUGAUAGUCAGAGAAGGAACAUCGGAAGAGAUUACAAAUGCUGUGGCACAGAGUUGUCAGGAGUCAAACACAUUUCAAGAUAUCCAACUAUCUCAAGUAGAAGAUACGUUACCAGGUUUAGGAAAUGUUCCAAAGAAAAAGAGAGGGCGACCAAAAAAGAACAAGGUUGCUGUCCCCUCUGUUUGUGAAGGUGGGAAUGGUAAGAUGCAUAAGAUGAGAACCAAUGAUAACAACUCAAAAGAUAGAGUAAGAGAGGAUGGCCACAAAGAUGAAGCUAAAGAGAUAGACACAAUGAUACCAUAUAAAGAUCUUGUUGAUAUGGCAAAUUGUAUGACAGAUAGGGGCAAAUCUAAACAGGGCAUGUUGGAAACCAAGAAUACAGGAGAAUACAAAAAUGUGCUGGACAAUGAUUUGCCACUUGUUGAAGACAGCAAACAAGUUGAGAAAAAGUCAAGCUAUUUCAGUAAGAAAAGUCAUCAGGACUUAUUUGUAGACACUGAAGACUCCAAGAAUGUGUUGGACAGUGAUGUUUUUGAGUCACAUGUUGAGGACAGCAAAGGAGUUGAGGAAAAAUCCAGUCCUAUAGGUGCAAGAAGUCAUCACUCAUUUCUAAACACCUCAUAUGAUGCAAGGGAAAAUAAAUAUCUUGAUACUGAUGCUGAUAGGUCAACAAAAACCUUCAGAGGUGGAGGCCCAUCCAGUCUAGAUGACAACAACGGGCACAGCAGUGAUCUGAGAACUCACUUUGAAGACAAAUCAGCAGAAUCCAGCGGCAACAAUAGCCUCAGAACAACUAUCAGUGAGACCAGAACUAAGAGGAAGUUAGAUUCACCACUGAGUAAGCAGCCAAGCAAGUUGAGUAAGCUGUCUCGGAGAAAGGGCAGAAAUGCUGUCAGGAAAAACUGCUUUGAUGAUUAUCUGUCAUCGGAGGACAACCAGGAUGGGCCUUCUUCCCAAGAAAAUGUGGUAAGAAAUAAAGACAAGAAGGAAAAGAGUUUUGGGAAGCAAGCUUGUGGCCCAAAUCCUCUACCAACCCCAUCCUCUACAGGAACAGAAGACUAUGAUAGCGACCAUAGUGGUUAUUCAAAAACUCAGAAUGCAUCUAAGAAUUCUGUUGCCGUUAACAGGAAUUUAGGCAAGCUACCAUCCAAACAUCCAUCCUCACAGGAAGAGCAAAAGGCCAAGAGAACCAAGACAAUAAAAGAAAAGAUGCAAAUGUUAUCAGAGUUAUUUGAUGAUGAUGAUGAGAUUGAACUGCUUUCAGACACAAACAAGAGAUCAUUUUCUGAACUGGACAUAAAUUCCAGUAAAGUGUCUGCAGAUAGUCAUGAAGCCAUUGCUCAUGAUAUUGCGGUCCUCAGUAAAAGUCAACAGAAACAAACCACACACAAAAUCUCUUCCAAGACAUGCCCACCUCAUGUGGAUAAACUGAACAUGUCUCCUGUUGUUAAGGUGAUGGACAUCUCUCAAGCUGAGGAGUUCAGAAGAAUCCUCAGUCCUGUUCUCGAGAAAACAAAGGAGUCGACCAGCUCUCAAGGAAGCCCAAGCAGCAAAAAUGAAGUCCAAGAACGCAGGACACAAGACAACCAUUUCUCCAAACAACGUGCCGCUUCACAGGUCAUGAGGAAAAGGUUAGGGUUCAGGAAGCAGAGGCCAAAUGUGUUUGACGUUGAUUCAGCUGGUGAUUCAGCCACUGAGCCUGAGGACCAUCACAGUAUUGAAAAGACAAGGAAGUUUAGCUCCACAGUAUUUGACGAAGAUCUGGAAAGUUGUUCCGAUGUGUCAGAUGAAAAUGCUGUAAGCAGCCAGGACAUAGAAGCCAAAAAAGCCAGACAUACAAGCAGAACUAGCCAGAGUCAUCACAAAGAUAGCCAGAGAGAAAAGGCUUCUUUUGAUUCCUUUGAACAAGACGCAAAUGAAAAUGAUGUAGAUGUCAACAAUGAAAUUCCAACCCAAACAAGUAAGAGAGCAGUGACAACAAAAAAGGGUGGGGGAAGAGGCAAGAAGUCAAAGGUUGUUCUUGAACGUGAUUCAAAAGACAAGAAAGCAGCAAAGAAAAGCAGGAAGACAGUCUCAAGACCCUCCCAGGAGGUUGGACAGGGCAAUAAAAGACAAGGUAAGGCAAAGAAGAGCAAAGUCAAAGAUUAUCCAGAUGAUGAUCCAGAUAUUGUUGAUGAGGAAAUUACCAUAGACAUGCAGAAUGGAAACAGUACCAUUGAAGAAGCCAUGGAUGAACAAGAAGAUGAGAUGAAUGAGAUGUUCUUUGACAUGGAUGAUCCCGGAGCUGUUGAUGAUUGGCAAACCACUGAGAUAGAGGACUCUAUCAAGAACAUCAGGCACGUGAAGGACCUGAAUAGUGAGCAGAUCAGGUUCCUGGUUCAGAAGGAUGAGCGCUACCUCAAGGACAUAUUCAAGGGCAAGAUCUUCUGUAGGAGGCAUGAAGAUUACAAGAGAGGAGGAUCUUCCAGAGCUGACUUGAACUUCCAGGUGCGGCUGGGAAUGUUCCAUGAAGACCAGCAGGACGAGGUGUUAGAGGUGCUGAGCGCCAUGUUCUGUCCGGCAGGCAACAACAAGUAUCUAGACUACGUGUUUAAAGUCCUCCUGCCCGAGGCUCUGAUCAAGAUCCACAUGCACAUCAGCGGUGGCAGCCAUGAUGAGAGCGAGGACAUCAUGCAGCAGGCCCUCAGUAGGCGCAGUUUGUGUGCCUCCAUGUCCAUGUCUGACUGAAGGGUGGGUAGGCGCAGUUUGUGUGCCUCCAUGUCCAUGUCUGACUGAAGGGUGGAAACAACACUACAGUGCAGGGCUGAAUUUUCUGCCAUCCCACUCAUUGUUUGGCAGCCCAUGCUGUUGAUUUUGUUGGUGAAACAUGUCAUUUUAAGUUUAUCAAAGAACAUUUUCAACAGUUUUAUGUCAUUUUUGCGAGGGACGGGGUCAAAUUAUUUUCCGUCCCCGACAAGCAGAUUUCUGUCCCGGGACGGACAGAAGACGGGUCCUGGAGAGAGCCCCGCUACAAUCUCGCUAUGCCAUCAAGUCUAAAUCUCAAAUUAGAUUUUACUUAUUCUAAGUCUUCUUCAUUACCUUAAAUCUUACAUAUAUAGAGGCAAGGAUAGUGUAGGCUUUCAAGAAAUGAUGGACAUUGUGGAUGUCCUGAAAACCUGAGGCUCUGGAUACCUCUUAGACUACUUAUAUUGUGUUAUCCUUUAUAAGCUAUUUCUGUCAUUGACUUACAUUGAUUUCAACAGGUUUUACUUGUAUAUUGUAUGAUAGUUUAUUUUAUUCUUUUUUUGAAUAUUCAAAAUGUGAUUUCUAAUUUGAGCUUCUUGUUCUUGUUACAUAGCAAUAAGACCACGUGGUUAACUAAUAAUAUUUAUCUUCCCAGCUUUAUCAUAAAGUUUUGGGAAAGUCACAAGACUUCACAUUAACAAAAUACAGUAUAGGAGAUGUUAUUUUUGUUUUGUUCAUGAGACUAAAAAAUUAAUGUUUAUCGAUCUUCAUGUUAUAAUCUACACUAGAUGCAUAAUGAUAACACAGUCAAUGUUUCUCACUUCAGUUAGAAUUCAGUUCUAUUCUGAAUUCUUUCAAAGUCAUUACAGAAUGGGAUCAUAUUGUUAUACCUAAUGGAGCAGAGCACAUCAAGUUAUUCUAUAGUGCAUUUUCUGAUUAUAUUCUGUAUAAACAUUAUGUUAUACCUCAAUUAUGCUGGCAUUAUAUCAUAUAUAAUGUUUCAGCCCAUAGUUUUAUUACUAUCCUGUCACAUUCAUUUUAAGCGGAAUAUUGUAUCUCAGGAAGAGAAGAAGUACAUACAUUUAAGAUACAUUUACUACAUUGUUCAAACAAGAACCUCAGUUUUCUCAUUAUUCUGUUUUCUUUUAGAGCUUAGGACAAUAAUAAAGUUAUUCUAUUCA